AUGGCGGUGAAUGUGGAAGCCGUCCUUCAGUUUCUCCGGCGGAACGGCUUAUCGGAGGCGGAAUCUGCUCUCAGAGACGAUAUCAAAGAGAAAAACCACCUCGCUUCUUUCGAUUUCGAGAAGUUCUUCUUCCCGAUCCCGCCGCCGAUCAGAAUCACGGCGGCUAGUCUCCCUCCUCCGUCCGAUUCCUCCGGCGAGAAUGAGUCCAAGUCUUCUUCUUCCGACGACGAGUUUGUCAGCUUGGGCUCUUCCACUUCUGGCUUCUGCUCUUCUUCCGAGUUUGUGAAUCCGUAUGGAGAUGGUUCACCAUUAUCAUCUGAUGGAAGGUCUCAAUUUGGGACGGCUCGUACAUAUCCAGAGUGGACUGAGUUUUACUUACAGACAAACAACAAGAACGAAGAGACAGAAGAUGAAGAAGAAGAAGACUUCAUGUCUCCUGCAUUUAGAGAAUCUGACUUCUUCAUCUUCCCUGCUCCUACAGAGGAUAAGUUCAUCACUGAUAACCAAUUCGAGAACGCACUUGGUGUUGGUGGUGUCUAUGACAAAUCAUCAUCCCAAGGAUCUCAAACCGAAGCAAGUCUUGAUUACUUAGAUAAGCCCUCUCUGCUCAACAAUGUUGAGGAGGAAGACUCAAAACACUACAUUGGUGUUGAUGAUAAACUCGAAAGAGAGUGUUUCGAUGGAGAGUUGUUGGGGUUUAGUUGUGAAGAAGACGCAAAAGAUCAGGUGAAUGUAGCAACAGAUGAAGAAGAGGUUAAUGUUGUUGAUGAUGACAUUGAAGAAGAAGAUGAGUAUGAAGUCUUUGAUCUUAGAAUCAUUCACUGGAAAAAUAGGACGGGAUUCGAAGAGAACAAGGAUCUACCGAUUGUGAUUAACUCGGUGAUCGGAGGAAGAUACUACAUAACCGAAUACAUUGGCUCAGCUGCGUUUAGCAAGGUGGUUCAGGCGCAAGAUCUACACAACGGCGUCGAUGUAUGCCUCAAGAUUAUCAAGAACGACAAAGAUUUCUUCGACCAGAGUUUAGACGAGAUCAAGCUCUUGAAACAUGUCAAUAAACAUGAUCCUUCCGAUGAACAUCACAUCUUGCGUCUCUAUGAUUACUUCUACCACCAAGAACAUCUGUUUAUUGUGUGUGAACUUCUCCGAGCAAACUUGUACGAGUUCCAGAAAUUCAACCAAGAAUCUGGAGGAGAGCCGUACUUUAACUUGAGAAGGCUUCAGGUUAUCACACGCCAGUGUUUGGACGCUCUCGUGUUCCUUCACGGGCUUGGAAUCAUACAUUGUGAUCUCAAACCUGAGAACAUACUGAUCAAGAGUUACAAGAAGUGCUCGGUGAAAAUCAUCGAUCUUGGAAGCAGUUGUUUCCGCUCUGACAACUUGUGCUUGUAUGUGCAAUCUCGUUCCUAUAGAGCUCCUGAAGUGAUUCUUGGACUUCCGUAUGAUGAAAAGAUCGAUUUGUGGUCUCUCGGGUGUAUCUUAGCAGAGCUAUGCUCUGGCCAGGUUCUGUUUCCAAACGAAGCAGUAGCGAUGAUAUUGGCUCGGAUUGUUGCGGUGUUAGGUCCUAUAGAGACAGAGAUGCUUGAGAAAGGUCAAGAAACAGAUAAAUACUUCACCAAAGAGUUUGAUCUCUACCACUUAAACGAGGAGAGCAAUGAGAUUGAAUACAUAAUCACAGAAGAAUCAUGCUUGGAAGAUCAGUUACAUGUUAGUGAUGAAAUGUUUUUAGAUUUUGUAAGGACUCUGCUUGAGAUAGAUCCAUUGAGACGUCCUACAGCUCUAGAGGCACUUAAUCACCCUUGGCUCUCUUCCUCUUCUUACAAUUGA